CGGAGGGACCGAGGCGCCGAGAGGCAGCGCCGCCCCCUGCAUCCUGCACCGCCGCGGGACCCGCGAGGCGAGGAGGUCCGACCUCGGUGCUCCGCGCUGUCGCCGGCGCCUCCAGUGGCGCUGCGGGGCGGAGGUCGUGUCUGCGCGCGGCGUGCUCGGUCAGUUCUCUCCUGAGCUUGGCACUCGCCGGAGCUGCUCGUGCGUCCGCCGUCCGCCUGCUCGGCUGUCUGUUUCCCCUCUACCGCCAGCUCCGACCUCCAGCCUGGCCUCCCCGGGCCCCCGGUGCUCCAAGGGGCGAUGAGCGCGGCGGGGCUGGGGCGCACGGGGCAGGGCGCGCCGGGCGCUCAGAGCGGCGCCUGCCCAUGAGGCUUCCCAGAGCGGGGCGCAGCAGCACGCGCGGGCCAUGGGGGGCAGCCUGCGGGUGGCGGUGCUGGGCGCUCCGGGCGUGGGCAAGACGGCCAUCAUCCGCCAGUUCCUGUUCGGUGACUACCCCGAGCGCCACAGGCCCACGGACGGGCCGCGCCUCUACCGGCCCGCGGUGCUGCUCGACGGCGCCGUCUACGACCUGAGCAUCCGCGACGGCGACGGUGCUGGCCCCGGUCAGAGCCCCGGGGGGCAAGAGGAGUGGCCGGACUCUAAAGACUGGAGCUUGCAGGACACGGACGCCUUCGUGCUUGUCUACGAUAUCUGCAGCCCGGACAGCUUCGACUAUGUGAAGGCGCUGCGGCAGCGCAUUGCGGAGACCAGGCCAGCUGGCGCGCCUGAAGCGCCCAUUCUCGUGGUGGGCAACAAGCGGGACCGGCAGCGGCUGCGAUUCGGGCCUCGGCGCGCACUGGCUGCCCUGGUGCGCAGGGGCUGGCGCUGCGGAUACCUCGAAUGCUCCGCCAAGUACAACUGGCACGUGCUGCGGCUCUUCCGCGAGCUGCUGCGCUGCGCGCUCGUGCGCGCACGCCCUGCGCAUCCAGCUCUGCGCCUGCAAGGGGCGCUGCACCCGGCGCGCUGCAGCCUCAUGUGAUCGAAUUGGAAAAACGCCCCUUACGGGGGGGAGGGGCCUUCUGGUUAACCGGAACAACCGGGGGCCCGGAUUGGACGAGAUUGCCCAACUUAUUUCGGAUUGGACAGGACAGCCUCCUCCCUGAUUGGCUGAGGAACGCUCCCACCCAGUCUCCUGGGCAACAGACUUCUCUUUGAAUCUCACUGGGCUCAACCAGGCCCCAUUGGACAAAUCAGUCCUUUCUGGGACCUCAUUGAGUCACGAUUCCAUUGGAUGAAAAGGACUUGACUAUGAAUCUGAUUGGACAUGCUCAGGCUGCUCUUGGAGUUUCAUUGGACCAACUGUUAAGUCACACCUCCCGGGAGGAAAUAAAGGGGAAGCAAGUUGCCCCUGGCAUUUCUGGGAUGGCAAGAUAAUCUUGGGUAAUUCCCUGAUGGUCCAGUGGUUAAGACGCCAAGCUUCCACUGCCGGGGGCAUUAGUUCAAUCCCUGGUUGGGGAACUAAGAUCUCUCGUGCCUCACAAAGUGGCUAAAAAACAAAUUUUGUGCUUCCCA